AUGUUUAGUGAUGCUGAUGUUCGCAAGAUGCUGGUUGCCCGUGCCCACUACGGAACGAAGAACCUGAACUUCAUGAUGAAGGAUUACGUGUUCCGUCGCACCAAGGAGGGAGUUCACAUCAUCAAUCUCGCCAAGACUUGGGAGAAAUUGGUGUUGGCGGCUCGCAUGAUCGUUGCCAUCGAGCAUCCCGAAGAUGUGAUCGUGAUCGGUGCUCGCGAGAAUUCUCAGCGCGCUGUGCUGAAGUUCUGCAAGUACACGGGUUGCCAGACCAUUUCGGGCCGCUACACCCCCGGAACCUUCACCAACCAGAUCACCAAGCAAUUCCGUGAGCCCCGCUUGCUGAUCGUGACGGAUCCUCGUUUCGACAAGCAGGCCAUCCACGAAGCCGCCUGCGUGAACAUUCCCACGAUCGCCUUCUGCGAUACCGAUUCGCCUCUGGAGUACGUGGACUGCGCGAUUCCCUGCAACACGAAGAACAACUACUCGAUCGGUUUGAUGAUGUGGUUCCUCGCCCGCGAGGUGCUUCGCUUCCGCGGCAGCGUGAGCCGCGAUGAGGAAUGGGAUGUUUGUGUCGAUUUGUUCUUCACGCGCGACCCCAAGGAGAUCGAGGAGUCCCAGAAGGCAGCAGCGGCUGAACAGGCGGCUGCACAGGCGAUGCAGACGGAGGAAGCGCCGAUGGGGUCGAUGACGGAAGAGAACUGGGAGCAGCCCGCGACGGAGACGCAGUGGUAA